GUUUGUUCGGAACAGCUCAAGGAAUUGUUUGCUUUAUCUAAGACUCUAAACAGGCGCACUAGGGCAUUCAAAGCUUCAAAGCUUCAAAGGAGUUUUUGCUUACCUAAGCUGGCCGAAAAGCGAAAGGGCACUUGAUCUCAUCCACAGACGUAUUAAAAAUAAUUCUUAGCACUUGUCACAACAGCUACACGUUGAAUCGCAAUGGCGUCUCGACGGCAGGCUCCUAUCCAGCAACGCUUGCAGGAGGAAACUGACAAUCCAUACUUACCUAAUGGACCAGGUGUAUUCAACAUGGAGCUCAGCCCCUGGCAACACAUAACUUCUAUACCGGACCAUGAGCGGAAUGCGUUCGAGCGCGACUUUGCGCGUGCCGUAGGAAUUAUUGAAGAGGGCAAGCGCAUGCCCUGUGACACCCUUGAAAACGCUGCGAAGUUUGUUCGGCGGUUCCUGUUCGCGAACUGGCUGACCGGCGGUCUGAUGGGAGGGCCGGCCGGCCCUCCUUACUUGACAGUCAAGCUGUGGGAGGCAGUAAGCCACGUGAAGCGCCUGACCGCCAUGCACUACGCUUGGUACGACAGCGCGACCAUGAAAGAGAUCAGCUUCCGGGAGCACGAGCGGCGGAUGCGGGCGGGGCAGGUCGACAGCGUGCAGAUGGGCGCCAUCACCCGCGACAGUGCCGACCCCGCCGAGUUCAACACCAUGACCUGCGACGAGUUCGUACUGGCGCUCUGCUCCAUGUACUGCAGCCAGCGGGCGCGGUACUGGGUCAACAGCUGCAACAUGGCGGCCUACUUGUACUCCAUGCGCUCCGUAAUGGAGCGCAUCCGUACCGUGCUGCUGCCGCAGCUGGCGCGGUGUGACGUGGGGGAGCCGGUGCACAUGGAUGUGUCGCAGUGGGAGGCGGUGUGGAUCACGUGGCUGGUGCCGUACUGGAAGGACUCGAUCCGCAUGCAGCCCAUGUCGACAUCGGCCAUGCAGGCCCGCCUGACCAUGUACGAAGCGGCUAAGCGGCUGCUCAAGUUGGAGCCGAAGCGCGCGAUGAGCUACAAGGUGGCGAUAGAGGCGGAGAGGGAGCUGAGGCAGAUAGGCCCCGAACACCGCGCCGCCUGCACCCUUGCCCGGCUUGGCGAGGAGCAGGGCAACGACUUCGCGGUGGCGGUGGGCACCUGGGUGCGCGUCUUCAACAUCCUGCGUGGCGCGCAGGGUCCGCGGGUGCCCGCCUGCCGGCUGGGGGAGCUGCGGGAGCUGGUGGGCAAGGCGGUGGCGGCGGGCAAGCGACUCAAGCGCUGGCGCAUGAAGCCGCUGCUGAAGGUUGAGAUUGGCCCGGAC